GCCGGUGUCCAAGGUGUUAUCAAUUAAUAUCAUUUAUCAAUGUUACGUAGUUUAUUUAAUCAUUGGUUAUCAAAUCGCGUUUUAAAACCGCAGUUCUCUUUCUGCAGAUAUUUAUUACAGCCCACUUUAAAUAGGACUACUCAGAUCAUAAACAGGAAAAUGGCUAGUGGUGGUAUUUCCCCUCAGGAAGUUGAAGCAUUAUGCCAGAAACCGUCACCAGCUACCAAGGACUUUAUGUUCCAACAAACGAUGUACAGGAUCAAAGAUCCGAAGAAAUCCCUACCAUUCUACACUGGGGUCCUCGGGAUGACACUGCUGAAGCAACUCCACUUCCCCGAGAUGAAGUUCUCUCUGUUCUUCAUGGGUUACGAGAAUCCUGAUGAAGUUCCGAAGGAUGAGUCCGCUAGGAGCAAAUGGGCCAUGACGAGGAAGGCUACGCUGGAGUUGACGUACAACUGGGGCACCGAGAGUGAUGACUCCACCUACCACAACGGCAACUCUGACCCCCGCGGUUACGGACACAUUGGUAUACUGGUGCCGGAUGUCGAAGUGGCUUGUGCCAGAUUUGAAGAGCAAGGCGUUAAGUUUAUCAAGAAGUCCCAGGAUGGCAAAAUGAAAGGUCUAGCUUUCAUUCAAGACCCCGAUGGCUAUUGGAUUGAAAUUUUCACGACAAAUGUUGUAUAGAUAGUUUUUCUAACCUUAAAAUCAUAUGCCUGGAACUAUAAUAUGAUGCAGGCUGGAAAAAAUUCAGAACACUGAACAUUAAACUAUGUGCUAUU